AGGACAGUCAGAUUGUAUUGUAAUUGUAAAUGGAUUUAAUUUGAACUUGUAGAUUUAAAUGUAAAAAUAAUUAAUGCAAUAGUUUCAGACUAUGAAAUAUAUUUAUUGGUACCAAUUUAUAUUUUACUAACACCAGUUAAAAUGCAAGAACAGUGCCCUGAUACAAAUGUAUGUUUGACAAUACCAUUUCAAUCAGCCGAGUAUGCCACACUGGCUUGUGAUGUUUUGAAUGUCGACAAAGAAUUGAAAGGGAGUGGAGUUGCAAGGAAUAUUUCGACAAAUAAUGAAUGCCUUGUAAUGUAAGUGCUAAAAAUUUAUAUGGACAGGAUUUGAAAAGAUUGAGAGUAUCUGCUAAUUCUAUGCUCAAGAAUGUUAUUCUUAUAACAAAAACAUUUAACCAGUUUGAAAACAAUUGAAAAGUUCUAACAUGCCGGAACAUACACCAGCUCCAACACCUGCAAGAUCUUUAUAUGGAUUUUUUAUGUACUUGUUCAGCAAAACAGUACUUGCAAUAUAUUGUAUUUGGGCCUUUGUUCCCGAUGAGUAUCUCAAUUACUUAAAUAUAUACUAUUACCCGCAAAAAUAUUGGGCCACAGCAGUUCCAAUUCAAUGUUUAGUAACUCUUACAUUAUUUGUAUUUUUUAUAUAUCCUAGUAUUAAUUGGUGCAUGACCAGUAACAUAGACAGCAUAAAUACUAUAACAGAUCCUCAUUCUAGUUAUUUUGUUACAAAAACUGAUACUAAUUUCAAAGUGCCAGACACUUGUGUUUGUACAGCAAAGGAGAGUUGUUUCAAAAACAGAUACUUUGUUACUGAUAGUGAGAUUAAAGAAAAUUCUGUGCCUCAUCUGCAUGACCUGGACAUUCGCUAUGUGUGCAAGAAACUGUAUUUAAAUAGGUGACUAUGAAUAAAGUUGCAUUGUAAAGUAAAUGCAGGGUUAUUCCCAGUUAAACACUGAGAAACCCAAAAAUGCCAGUAAACUCUAUACCAUUAACAUAAGGUAUACUAACGGCUGGAGGUAUAUAGUACUUACUGAGAAUAACCCUACAUGUUUUGUGAACAA